GCCUUCUUCCUGGUCUAUGGCCUGGGGGUGUUGUCUGUGUACCUGCAUCAGGAGCCCCUGUCAGUCAUCCAGCUGUGGAGGAAGUUCCGCUCAUUUCGUCCAGACUUCAUCAGCUCCUAUGCUGCCUAUCAUCACUUCCGCAGCAUGGGGUGGGUCCCUAAAGGAGGGGGCGGAGCCAAGUAUGGCGUUGAUUUCAUGUUGUACAGGAGGGGACCACCUUUCUAUCACUCCAGUUAUUCAGUGGUAGUUCAAAGGGCUGAUGAGAGAUUUGGGGGCGGGGCUUUGCGUCAGUUUUCUUGGCGUUCUCUGGCAGCUCUCAGUCGGAUCACAGCGAACGUCUCCAAGGAGCUGAUGUUGUGUUACAUCAUCUGCCCACCUGACAUAUCAGAGGAGGAGCAAGACUCACCUGUGUAUCUGAGCAGGCUGAAGGUCCAGGUAACAGAUUCAGUGCCACAUGUCAGAGUGUCUGUUUUAUCACAGACACACAUUUCUGAUUACCUGUUCACCUGUUUACCUACCCACCUGUUCACCUACCCACCUGUUCACCUACCCACCUGUUCACCUACUCACCUGUUCACCUGUUUACCUACCCACCUGUUCACCUACCCACCU